AUGUCUCCAUUCUCAUCCGAGACGUCCGCGGACGUCUCGUCGCGAGGAGAGUUGGAAGGUGAAUUCCAAGAGGAAGCGAAGCUGGCGGUGGAGGCAAAGGCCAAAGAGUUCUCCAGCCUUCUGCCGGGUUUCCCCAGCAAAGCCCAGGGCAGCCGGGGUUUUUGGGGGCCGUUGAUCUACAGGUGGUACCAGCACAAUUGGGAGAUGCCCAGUCUGCAUCGAGAAGCAUCAGAUCAAUUCUUGCUGGAAUUUUUGGGUGCCACAAUUUUGAAUGGACCCAUUUGCAGAAGCUCGGGGUGA